AUGAUAGAGAGUCGCGGAGAUGGACUGAUAGUAGCGCCCAUGAAAAACAAAAACCCUCUCGUCAUCUUGAAAGAUGUGUUUGUGGAUAGCGAAGACGAUGAAAUAAUCAAGGCGCUCCACGCUCAGAACAAAGACAUCUUUGUGGGCCUACCUGAAGGGGAAAUGGAAAUGGUGAUAAAAUAUAAAAAACGCACAAGAAAUUUCAAAACAGUACAUAUCAUUCUGCAGGUAAAGCCCAAUGUAUGGCAGAGGAUGACGGAGGCUGGAGCCCUCUAUCUGGACCUUCAAAGGGUCAGAGUCGAGGACCAGUCCCCGCUCAUCCAAUGCACGAAGUGUCUUGCGUUCGGACAUGGUCGGAAAUUUUGCACCGAGAGUGUGGACAGAUGUAGUCACUGUGGAGGACCGCACCUGCGCGAGAAAUGCGCAGAUUUUACAGCAGGAAAUGAACCGCAGUGCUGCAACUGCUCACACUCUGGAUUGCGGAAAACCGACCAUAACGCGUUCAGUGCCGAGUGCCCAGUACGGAAAAAGUGGGACUACUUGGCUCGUACAAACACGGCCUAUGCAUAA